AUGCUAAGCCGUAUGCUGGCUGCAUGCCUUGGCGCCAGCUCCGUGAUGGGCCAGUGCCCGAACCAUCCUCACCUGGAUCUGUGCUCUGCCUCGACAACCGCAGAAGACAUGGACGUCAACGGUGGAGGUCGCAACUCAGCCUGGAUGGCAUGGGCUCUGCCUUUGCUGGCCGCUCGACCCUCCUUUGUCACUGCUUUUUUCGCUCUCGCUGUGGCAACGGGUGCAGAUGCCCAGAGCGGAAUGUCCUGUGGCAACAUCCGCACUUUCUACCAAGCCCAGAGCUGUUGCGGGGAGUCGGAGCGGGCUCUCGACUUCAGCAGCAGCGAAGGCAGCAGCUUCAGCAACUCAGUUUGUGAGUCUGGCAGCCCGGUGGGGGUGUGCCACUGCGAGAAGGCCAUGCAGCUGCUGUCGCAGGUGGAUGGCGUGCAGUUCCCGGUCGAGUUCUGUGCCCACAUGGCUGCUGUGAAGCCCGUUGGCUUUCAUGACCAGCCUAUCUGUGAGGCUUCGGAUGCCGGCAACAAUGCUGCUUAUUUGGUGGACGGCAUGGCCGGCAACACCAACUUCCCACAUGGCAACAUCAAGGUGCUGGCGACCGUGGGCGAGGUCGAUCCCACGACAGGUGCCAUGCUCACAGGCUGUACUGUUCAAACGAAGCGUGGCGUCCCAGACGGCCUGGGGGCAUACCUGAAGGAUGCUAGCACGGUGCGGCUGAUCUAUCAGAGCGAAGCAUAUGGCCAGCCGCAUGAGCCGCAGAAAGACACCGGGCUUGUGACAUCCAACCCGGAGUCCUUCCCCUGGGCGGUGAACAGCAAGAGUGCUAGCUUCACCGGGUCUCACAUCCACUACAUCGACUACGAUCGCAGCAUGCUGGCCAGCUUCAUGGACGACAACGCGCCUUCCAAAGCGCAAGGCAUGGUGAAAGGAGCAGGCAAUGCCGUGAGCAAGGCCUACAACCUGAAGCGGGAGCUUGUGGGGCCGCGGAAUCGCACGGGCGACGGCCUCCAGCCCACCACUUCCAAUGUGCACGAGAGCAACGUGGACGUGAACGGCAAUUACAUCGUCGGGAGCACCGCCACAGCUCCCAGCAAAGCGGAUUGGCUCAUGCAGUCCCUCUGCUCGGCACACCUGGAGGUGAGGCACCAGUGGGGAAAUGGCAUGGGCGUUGAGGACGACCUCUUCAUCACCAAUGAGGAGUGGAUCACUUACCCUACGGACUCCAUGCCCAUUGGUUUGCCCGUGCAUGUCUUGAACCUGGCGACAGGCGAGCUUUGGGCCACGGCGGCUUUCACUCUCGGUGGCCAUGAGAAGGUGGUGGAAGUGAACAGCGGUCACAGAGACUACGUGGCCUUCGUGCCUUCAGGCUACAACGGCGCCUUUGGUCUUUCCGACGACUCUGCUGUGCUCGCUGCCCGCAACGCCGCGUAUAGCAGGACGGAUGGCAAUCCAUACGUGUAUCCGCAAGACAUCGUGCCUACGAAGCUCUACAUCGGAAAGAAGAACACGGACAAGGAUGGCAAUGCCCAGACCACGGACUUCAUGGCCAGGAACGGCUUCGAGUAUGGCGCGCUCUAUGGCUUCGCCGUGGACUGCAAUGCUGUGAAUCCUUCGCGAGACAGCUGGCACCAGUCAGCCUCUGCUGGUGACACCGUGACCGGUGCCUUCUACAAGCUCCGUUGGCAGGCGCAGCGGGGCACGGUGGAGAGCUUCGAAAAAGACGGAAGCUGGGAGUUCCAGGAUGCUCCCGCGGGCGCUCCGGACGGCUGGUGCUUUUGGAAUUCCAAUGGCAAAGACAGUCGGGGGGCCAAGACGGAGCACGUGUCCCCAGACCCCAGGGGCGGCCAGCGCGUCUUGCAGGGCUCCACGGCAGGCUACUUCGGGAUCUACGAUUUCCAGGGCCUGCCCACGCUGUUGUCAAAUGGCAUGCCGGACUCCAUCCCGGCAACCUACACAGUGCAUCAGCCCGAGUCCAACGUUGUCGACCUCAUUGAGCUGGGCGGUGCUGGCCUCCGUGCGGACGGCAACAACCAGACCAUGAUGCACGACAGAAGCCGUGACAAGACCACUUUCGAGGACGUGGAUGGCAUGGAGUGGAUUGCUGCAGCGAAUGGGGAAGAUUACUUCGUGAUCCAUGAGGAUGGUGGGAACUUGUACGGUGAGCGCAAGUUCCUGGCCAAAGUGGGUGUCCCCAUGAAGUAUUACUUCGUGGCACAGAGUGGCGGCAGCCAAAACACCCGCGAACUGGCCAGCAUCAGCUCGGUGGCUAGCGUGCAUGGCAGGGCCACGUCCCAUGAGUUCUCCGGUGCCUUCGACCUCUCCGGGCUGCUCCGCAAGGAUGCGGCUGGCAACUUCGAGCUAACGGUGGGGGACGUCACCGGCAAGAAGCGAGCGCUGGAGGCCGCCACGCCCAUCAACGAGAAGAUCAUCGCAGUGAACCUGCAGGCACACAGCAACAAUGCCGGCUGGGCUGACACCUUCAAGACGGACCGUGUGGCUCAGGUCCUGGCAUACAAGCCAAGGGUGCAGCUUGAAGCAGACAUCGUCGCAACCGCCGGUGCGGAUGCCACCGUGACCCUGCUUCUUGACGGUAUGGAGGAGAGUUCCAGCUCUGACAAUGAUAUUGCAAGCAACUCCGUGAUGGGCCAGUGCCCGAACCAUCCUCACCUGGAUCUGUGCUCUGCCUCGACAACCGCAGAAGACAUGGACGUCAACGGUGGAGGUCGCAACUCAGCCUGGAUGGCAUGGGCUCUGCCUUUGCUGGCCGCUCGACCCUCCUUUGUCACUGCUUUUUUCGCUCUCGCUGUGGCAACGGGUGCAGAUGCCCAGAGCGGAAUGUCCUGUGGCAACAUCCGCACUUUCUACCAAGCCCAGAGCUGUUGCGGGGAGUCGGAGCGGGCUCUCGACUUCAGCAGCAGCGAAGGCAGCAGCUUCAGCAACUCAGUUUGUGAGUCUGGCAGCCCGGUGGGGGUGUGCCACUGCGAGAAGGCCAUGCAGCUGCUGUCGCAGGUGGAUGGCGUGCAGUUCCCGGUCGAGUUCUGUGCCCACAUGGCUGCUGUGAAGCCCGUUGGCUUUCAUGACCAGCCUAUCUGUGAGGCUUCGGAUGCCGGCAACAAUGCUGCUUAUUUGGUGGACGGCAUGGCCGGCAACACCAACUUCCCACAUGGCAACAUCAAGGUGCUGGCGACCGUGGGCGAGGUCGAUCCCACGACAGGUGCCAUGCUCACAGGCUGUACUGUUCAAACGAAGCGUGGCGUCCCAGACGGCCUGGGGGCAUACCUGAAGGAUGCUAGCACGGUGCGGCUGAUCUAUCAGAGCGAAGCAUAUGGCCAGCCGCAUGAGCCGCAGAAAGACACCGGGCUUGUGACAUCCAACCCGGAGUCCUUCCCCUGGGCGGUGAACAGCAAGAGUGCUAGCUUCACCGGGUCUCACAUCCACUACAUCGACUACGAUCGCAGCAUGCUGGCCAGCUUCAUGGACGACAACGCGCCUUCCAAAGCGCAAGGCAUGGUGAAAGGAGCAGGCAAUGCCGUGAGCAAGGCCUACAACCUGAAGCGGGAGCUUGUGGGGCCGCGGAAUCGCACGGGCGACGGCCUCCAGCCCACCACUUCCAAUGUGCACGAGAGCAACGUGGACGUGAACGGCAAUUACAUCGUCGGGAGCACCGCCACAGCUCCCAGCAAAGCGGAUUGGCUCAUGCAGUCCCUCUGCUCGGCACACCUGGAGGUGAGGCACCAGUGGGGAAAUGGCAUGGGCGUUGAGGACGACCUCUUCAUCACCAAUGAGGAGUGGAUCACUUACCCUACGGACUCCAUGCCCAUUGGUUUGCCCGUGCAUGUCUUGAACCUGGCGACAGGCGAGCUUUGGGCCACGGCGGCUUUCACUCUCGGUGGCCAUGAGAAGGUGGUGGAAGUGAACAGCGGUCACAGAGACUACGUGGCCUUCGUGCCUUCAGGCUACAACGGCGCCUUUGGUCUUUCCGACGACUCUGCUGUGCUCGCUGCCCGCAACGCCGCGUAUAGCAGGACGGAUGGCAAUCCAUACGUGUAUCCGCAAGACAUCGUGCCUACGAAGCUCUACAUCGGAAAGAAGAACACGGACAAGGAUGGCAAUGCCCAGACCACGGACUUCAUGGCCAGGAACGGCUUCGAGUAUGGCGCGCUCUAUGGCUUCGCCGUGGACUGCAAUGCUGUGAAUCCUUCGCGAGACAGCUGGCACCAGUCAGCGCAGCGGGGCACGGUGGAGAGCUUCGAAAAAGACGGAAGCUGGGAGUUCCAGGAUGCUCCCGCGGGCGCUCCGGACGGCUGGUGCUUUUGGAAUUCCAAUGGCAAAGACAGUCGGGGGGCCAAGACGGAGCACGUGUCCCCAGACCCCAGGGGCGGCCAGCGCGUCUUGCAGGGCUCCACGGCAGGCUACUUCGGGAUCUACGAUUUCCAGGGCCUGCCCACGCUGUUGUCAAAUGGCAUGCCGGACUCCAUCCCGGCAACCUACACAGUGCAUCAGCCCGAGUCCAACGUUGUCGACCUCAUUGAGCUGGGCGGUGCUGGCCUCCGUGCGGACGGCAACAACCAGACCAUGAUGCACGACAGAAGCCGUGACAAGACCACUUUCGAGGACGUGGAUGGCAUGGAGUGGAUUGCUGCAGCGAAUGGGGAAGAUUACUUCGUGAUCCAUGAGGAUGGUGGGAACUUGUACGGUGAGCGCAAGUUCCUGGCCAAAGUGGGUGUCCCCAUGAAGUAUUACUUCGUGGCACAGAGUGGCGGCAGCCAAAACACCCGCGAACUGGCCAGCAUCAGCUCGGUGGCUGGCGUGCAUGGCAGGGCCACGUCCCAUGAGUUCUCCGGUGCCUUCGACCUCUCCGGGCUGCUCCGCAAGGAUGCGGCUGGCAACUUCGAGCUGACGGUGGGGGACGUCACCGGCAAGAAGCGAGCGCUGGAGGCCGCCACGCCCGUCAACGAGAAGAUCAUCGCAGUGAACCUGCAGGCACACAGCAACAAUGCCGGCUGGGCUGACACCUUCAAGACGGACCGUGUGGCUCAGGUCCUGGCAUACAAGCCAAGGGUGCCUGCGUAG